AUGGUGAAGUUUUUGAAGCCGAACAAGGCAGUGGUGCUCCUCCAGGGCCGCUACGCCGGCCGGAAGGCGGUGAUUGUCCGCUCGUUCGACGACGGCACUCGCGACCGCCCGUACGGCCACUGCCUGGUCGCCGGGAUCAAGAAGUACCCUGCGAAAGUGAUUCGCAAGGACUCGGCGAAGAAAACAGCGAAGAAGUCCAAGGUCAAGGCCUUCAUCAAGGUCGUGAACUACACACACAUCAUGCCGACGAGGUAUACUCUCGACGUCGAUUUGAAGGACGUGGUGACUCCCGACUCGCUGGUGACCAAGGACAAGAAGGUCACGACGGCGAAGGAGAUCAAGAAGAGGUUCGAGGAGAGGUUCAAGUCCGGCAAGAACAGGUGGUUCUUCUCCAAGCUCAGGUUCUGA